CGCGAAAAUUUAAUAUUUUUUUAAUGAAUGAUAUAUAAUGAUGAUGUCACCGCACCUAAUUUGAUGAAAGUCGAGGGCACCCUUCUGACUUGGUCAAACUUCAAAGUUACGGUUGACUUAUAUUCUGAGAGUAUCUCAGAGACUUGUGAGUACCUGAAGUCAGUCAUGGAUACUACUGAUUUGAACAGCACGCCUUUGGUUUUUUUGACUGGUCGUACGGGGGCUGUUAAUGGGUAAAAAAAAUUUCAUAUUUUCAAAUUCUGAAAAAAUGAAAAUUUAUUAGUCGUUAUUCACCCUCGUACUCAUGUGAAUGCACCAUUAAAAAAGUUAUCAGUGCACGCAACUUGACACUCAUCAAAUAUAAACACAUCUUGCACACGUGCUAACAACCUUCUAUUUUUGCAUAUUAAUUUUUUAAAUAAAUGACGAGUCAGUUUAAAAAGUUUACCGCAGCUUAACGCGGCUACAGAAUCAGAAACCAGCCACAAAACCAAAAACUUUCACCAAAGCUCAACUGGAGUUGGUAAAUUUUUAAUUUUAAGUUAUAAAUUUUACUAUUUUUAAUAACAAUGAAGGAAUGGACAUUCAUUUGGAGGUUAUUAACUGUAUACGGUAUUCCAUUGACAUUCCCAUGGAUGAUUUACUACGUUUUCGAUUUUAUAAGAAGAAAAACUGGCAAGAUUUCACUGAAAGGUAAAGUAGUGAUGAUCACUGGUGCCAGUUCAGGUCUAGGCGAAGCCUUGGCUCAUGUUUUUUAUGCCAGUGGAUGUAAAGUCAUUUUAGUAGCCAGAAGACAUGAAGAAUUACAGCGGGUAAAAAAUUCAUUGAUACAAACCACAGUUAACAAAACCGUCGAAACGUAUUCGCCAACAAUUUUAUCAUUAGACCUGACUAAGUUUGAUAUCCUGACCGAAGAAGUUGAUAAAAUUUUAGCUUCGUUUGGUCAGAUAGACAUUUUGGUGAAUAACGCAGGAAUUUCAUACAGAGGGAAGGCUGCGAAAACUAAAAUUGACGUUGACAUGCAAGUAAUGAUGAUAAACUACUUUGCACAAAUAGCUCUAGCAAAAGCUGUCAUUCCCUCGAUGAUCAAGCAGCAGUUCGGACAUAUUGUAUGCAUCAGUAGUGUACAAGGAAAAAUUGCUAUUCCUUAUAGAUCAGCUUAUGCAGCAUCAAAGCACGCUCUUCAAGCUUGGUGUGAUUCCACUAGAGCAGAGCUCAAUAAUUAUAAUAUCAAAGUUUCUGUUGUAAGUCCAGGGUAUAUAAAAACUUCCUUAUCUCUAAAUGCAGUAACGGAAGCUGGUGAAUGUCAUGGGAAAAUGGACAAGUCAACUGAAGAUGGAUACUCGCCAAAGUAUGUUGCUGAUGAAAUAUUAACAGCAGUUUUAAGACAAGAACGUGAAAUUAUUAUAGCUCCUACUUUAAUUAAAUUUGUAUGUUUGAUAAGAUAUUUAAUUCCAUCAGUUUAUUUUAAAAUUAUGAACAUACGGGCAAAAAAAUUAAACGAUGAAAAAUAAAACAAUUUGGUUUUUAGUUAAAAAUACGUAAAUAUUUUUAUGGUUUGUAAAAAAUAUCAUCAUUAAUUCAAUUGUAAAAAAUUGUAAUCCUGAUAUACACUUAGCAUGGAUCAUAUCAUUUUUCUAAAUCAGGGAACUCAAGAAAAACUUUGAUUUAAAAAAAAAAGUGCGUUUUAAAAUUAAGAAAUAAAAUUUUAUAAUUAUUUUGUUAAAUAUUUAAUACUAAGUCAAUUAAUGUUUGAUUAGUCUGGAUAAUGAAAACUGUAAUAACCACAAGGUAAAUAAAUAAGAAUAAUUAACUAUAAAAUAAUAAAAAAUUAUUUCUGAAUGAAAGAACAUAAAAAAUCUAAAUAUAAAUUUUAAUGUCAAUUUCCUAAAAAAUAUAAAUGGUGCGGCAAAAAUAAAAUAAAAAAAAAAAAAAAAGACAUUAGAUAUAAUUAUUUCAGUAUAAUCUUUAUGUUCAAUUAAUAAAUUCAAAUAUACAGCGUGCCAUGGGUGAAACAAGCAAGUAGCAAUAGUAACAAACAUUUAUCAAUUACUGAAGAUUCAUAUCAUAUUUAUUUAUUUUAAUCCAUUUGACAAAUUGUACUUGAGUAAUUAACUUUAUUAUUACCUAUUAUCAUUGUUUUUUUUUUUUUUUAUUUUUCAUUUUUUUCAUAACCGAUUUUGUCAACGGAUUCAAUUUUUUUUUUUUUUUUACACGCAAACAUUUUUUUUGUAUUGAUAUAGAUUUUUAUCAUUGAAUUUUGUAUACUUGGUAUACAAAUAACAAUGUUUCCAAAAAAUCAAUGUAAAUAUAUAUAUAUAUAUAUAUAUAUGUAAUAAUAUAUUUAUAUUUAUUUUUAUAUAUAUAUAAAUAUAUUGGCAAUAUUUAUAUGCCAAUACAACGAUUCUAUAGUCAAAUCUAUUUCUAAACAAUUGUCCUCUUUCUCUCCAUCACUCGCUCUCUCUAUUUUUUUUUACUGUUACUCUGUUUGUUGUUUAAAAAUUUCAUGUUAUUUUAUUACAACAGUGACAUAAAAAUACAAUUUAGAUAUCAGAUUUACAAUAAUUAUAAUAAUAAUAAUAGUCAUAGUAAUUAUAUCUCGAAGACCAGUAUUUGAAUUAUUGAAAUUCAAUGCAUUACAAUAUUAUGAGCAGUCUUCUUUGAAUGUAGCUUACAAUUAGCUGCAUUAAAAUGUAUGUGUAUGUGCAAGGACAAUGAUUUUUAAUAAUUAUUUUUUUUUAUUAACAAAUUUAAUUUUCCAUCACUUGUACCCGCAUUUUAAUUAUUUUUAUUUUAAAUUUUAUUACAAAAUUUUAUUUCAAAAAUAUUUGCAGAGAAAGUAGCAGACAAUUUAUAAUUUUUAACAUAUUAGAUAAUUAGAAAAAAAUCAUUGAAAAAUGCACACUGAGCGCCAAUUUUUAAAUUGGACAUUAAUAUGUUGGUAUAUAAUAUUUAUGUAUAUAUAAAAUAUAUAGAUAUCCAUUAGUAUGCAUUUAAAAAUUUUUUUUCUAUCAACAUUUAAAUAUUUCAUUAAAAUUGUCAUUUGUCUACUACUUUAACAAUAAUAAAUAUUUUAAUUGUAAUUUAAAAUAAAAAUCAGCGUCGAAGUCAUUUUUAGACAGUGCCCCGACUCUUUGAAAAUUUGCCAUGACUUUUCAUUGUUGUAAGCGUAUCAAAAUUUUAUCAGUUAAUUAAAACUUUGAUUGGAAAAAGGGCGACUCCACUGAGACAUAGAAUUUUAAAAAAAUUACUCUUAAUUUUAUUGAAAUUUAUUUUCCAAAUUUCUUUCAACUCUCAAUUGAUGUCAACUGUAAGUAAUUUUUUAAAAAUCUAUAUCGCAGCAAAAUUUCAAUUACGUUGUCUUUUUUCAAUCAAUCCCUUAAUUUUUUUUUAAUCAAUUUAUAGAACUUUGAUAAGCUCACGACAGUUGAAAGUCAUUGGAU